CAACUUGCAUCUCAAGAUGGCAGAAACCCACCACUUCGACGCCAACCGCCUCUUCUCCGUCACCGACUACGUCUGCCUCAUCACAGGCGGAGGAACAGGCAUAGGCCUCAUGGCCGCCCAAGCCCUCGCAGCAAACGGAGCCAAAGUCUACAUUACCGGAAGAAGAAAGGAAGUGCUAGAGAACGCGGCCAAAGAACAUUCCAACUACCGCGGUCAAAUCAUCCCCAUUGGUCCAUGCGAUGUCACCAAGAAAGAAGACCUUUCCUCCCUCUUCGAAGAACUGCAAAAGAAAGAAAAAUAUCUCAAUCUCCUCGUCUGCAACGCCGGAAUCAGCGGUACCAAAGCCGAACCGGAACAUGAAGACGCUUCGGAUUUGAGUAAGAAAUUAUGGGAAAUGGAGAGUGUGGACGUGUGGAGUAAGACGUUCGAGACAGAUGUGACUUCAGUGUACUUCACUUCUGUAGCUUUCCUCCCUCUCCUCCAAGCCGCGACGAGUAAAGGCGGAGGCAAAUUUGAGGAAUUCUCGGCAAGCAUUAUUACCAUUUCGAGUAUGAGUGGGAUGAUGAGGAAUGCUCAAGGACAUUUUUCGUACAAUGCUGCCAAGGGCGCCACGGUGCAUUUGUCCAAAUUGAUGAGUUCGGAGUUUCAAAAGGCGGGAAUUCGAGUGAACAGUAUCGCACCUGGCUACUUCCCAUCCGAAAUGACGGCCAAUGAAUCCGAUUCUCGACAAAAGUCGGAGUUUCCUCAGGAAAAGAUUGAAGCGACGGGACAUGUUCCGAUGAUGAGAGCGGGACGAGACGAGGAAAUUGGCAUGGGGAUUCUGCUGUUUGCGAGAAAUCACUAUGUCAAUGGACAGAUUCUGGCGAUUGAUGGUGGCGUGUUGAACACUGUGCCUUCGUAGGGGGUUAAAAAAAGGGGGGAGUUGGGGGGUAUGGUAAACAAGUGCAGAAAGAGAGUGAGAUGAUGCCUCGACGAAGAUUC